CAGGACUCGAUUGCUGAUGAGAUGCUGGAUUCCUGCGGCGGAUACCGAGACGAAACUGACGACGCCGUAGCGCGUGCUACGGAAGACGUCGUCAUGGAAGGUCGUCUCCUGGAUAGCCCCGACUCGGACGUCUGUGCUCCGGGACGGGGCGUGGCAGCCGGCAUGUACGGAGCGCCACCGCCCCCGCCAGAAGAGGAGCGGGCCGCAGUCGAAGGCUGCUGCAGUGAAGCGCGACACUCCACGGAAGCCACAGUCUCGGCGGCACUGCUCGAGGGUGCAGGCAGUGACAUGGACACCAUUCCAGAAGAAGAGACCGGCAGUGAGCUGUUGACCGAGAGCAGCCAGCUGGACAGUGACAGGUCCGAACCGGAGGACUCGUCUGAGUCACCCUUGCCCCGAGACACGCCCGAAGAAGGGUCCGAAGAAGAGAACAAGUCUGACUGGGCACUGCCAUCGACUGUCGGCCAAGUCGACGAUCUUGCUCCUACCAGCGGUGAUGAAGAAAUCUUGAGCCCCAUAGAACACGAAGCACCGAGCCCAUUCCGGGAGAGGGAGGAGAAGUCACGCACUCCGGACUCGGAAGACCCCAUGAGCUCUGACGAAGGCGGUGGGCUUCCCGUCUCUGCUGCUGCGGCGGCUGCCGCCCGACGGCCACGAGUUCCCGACCGCUUACAGCGAGCCGUCAUUGCCCAAGGCGCCGCCACCACCGUCCGCCGCUUCCGGCGUUCCCAGUUGCCAGGAAGACGCGCUGCCGCUCAAGAAGCCCAUGCACGUCUACGAGGACUCCGGCAUCUUCUCGGACGACCCGCUGUCCUCGCUUUCCGCUUCCGAAGGGGAAGAAAAGACGAAGGUUUCCGUGACCAAGUCGCCCAAGGAGUGCUGCAGUCGCCAGGGUGACGGGCGAGCCGCCGUUACCGACGAAGAAGCACCCUGGACCAACGGCGUCGACAAGGACUCCACGUCGUCGCCAUCACCACCCUCGAUCAUUGC